AUGAUUGAAUUGACUGAAAACAAUGGUGCUGCCAUGGAGCAGUUUGUGAGCGAGACCCAAUGUUUUUGCUUGGAUUGUGAUGGUGUGAUUUGGAAAGGAUCGGAAUUACUUCCACACGUCAAAGAAACAUUGGAAAGUUUAAGAAAAUUGAACAAACGAUUUUUCUUUAUUACCAACAAUUCAUCAAAUUCUAGAAAAGGAUAUUUGAAAAAGUUUCAAUCUUUAGGUUUACAUGUAGAUGUUUCUGAGAUAUUGACCUCUUCCUAUGCAGCUGCUGUCUAUGCCAAAGAACAUGCCAUUGAAAAAGCCUAUGUCAUUGGAGGAGAUGGAAUUAAGGAAGAAUUGGAAUUAAUUGGAGUUGAGGCUUGUGGAUUUGAGGAACAUUUACACAAGUCUCUCAAAGAAGAAGAAUUUUUGCAUGAAUGGGAAGAAUUUACAAAGAAAUAUCCCGUCGAAAGUAUUGGAGCAGUCAUUAUUGGAUAUGAUAAUAGAUUUAAUAAUUUCAAGUUGGCCAUGGCUCAUCAAAUUUUGAGAAAGAAUCCUAAAUGCUUGUUCAUGGCCACUAAUACUGAUGCCACUUUACCCUAUAAGAAUAAUCUAUUCUUCCCAGGAGGAGGAUGCUUUGUGAGUGCUCUCUCUACUGCUAUUGGAAGAAAGCCUGACAUUGUUGCUGGAAAACCAUCCACUCUACUUCUUGAUACUGCUCUCCAUAUACUCUAUGAGGAAUGUAAGGAUAAGGUGACACCUGAAAAUAGACAUGUUUCUGUGUGCAUGGUUGGAGAUCGAUUAGAAACUGACAUUACCUUGGGCAAUAGAACGGGCGUGAAGAGUGUAUGUGUGUUGACUGGAGUGGCAACAAGAGAGCACUUGAACGAGGUCAUUGAAUCAUCUUCAAAACAAGAGGAUAAAAAGUUACUCAUUCCUCAAUAUUUAUUGCCUGAAUUGGCACUUCUCAGAACCGUUGUGCUCAUGAAAUAA